AUGAUUGACGAGGCGAAGCGAAUUGAUCGUAUGGAUUCACCGUUUAGACCGAUCAAUAUGAAAUCCAUACCAUCUCUUGUAACUCCGAAUAAAACACCUGUGAAGCUGCAAGCGAAAGUCUCAGAGACAAGGAAUGCUGGGCAAUUUAAGCAUCGUAUGUUGGACAUGGUGGUCGGCAAAGACAAUCCACUUCGACGAAGGAAAAGCUUCACAGACAGGUUUCGCGAUUUGAUGCCUGAGCGAAGUGUCGACGAGAGUGUGUACGGUCUAGUGGACACUGUCUCCAAGCAUACGAAUGAUGUCAAUCCGCAAUUCCUGUCGCCUCGUAUUCUGCCAUUACUGCCGAACAAGUACAGCGCCCCAAAAUCACUGCUCUCACCAGAUUUGUUCCCUUUUUACAAAGAUGACACUGGUAAUAGUGUACUGCCAAUCCCAGAAGUGCUCGAAAAGUCUGGUCUGGAUGGAAACGAUCGUGGUGCUGUUCUGGAGCUGAUCAUGGAUGUUGCUGGUGUGAAUGAUAUCGUAGAAAAAUCGCUCAAUCUUAUGGAAGACAUGCAGCGAGUGGGAUUGGACAAAGAUUUGGUAUCGAUCACGAAUGCAAUCGAUAGGGCAUUCAUAGAACUGGAGAGGACCUUAAAAGCCGACCAACGACGUGAUCUUGCAGGACGUCAGUACUCAUAUCUUACAAAGGAUCAACUGAUGCAAUUGUAUGGAGAGAAUGGUAUUAUGAAUACCACAACCGCCAGUCUGCCCUUUGACAUCGAUGAGUUCGACUCCAUGAGUAAAUCGGAAAGAGAUGAAGCAUUGAAGAACACGAUUCGCCUCAUGGCUGACGAUCCGAAAGCUCUGUACCGGCAACGACGUCAAAAGCGAACUAUCAAGAUUCAUUCAAUUACAUUACAGUUGAACAUACUUGGUCCCGUCACGUUAUCGCCAAGUUUGUUCUCUCCCAAUGUGCUUUCACCGCUCCUACUGAGCCCACCAGUGAUUUCACCACAGGUUGGCAAUCCGCUUAUUUUCUCGCCUUACGUGCUCGGACCGAACACGAUUUCGGCGGCUGUAAUGAAUGCCUACGUGUUCUCACCAUAUGUACUGUCACCAAACGUCAUCAAUCCGUACGUACUGUCUCCGCUGAUCCUAUCACCGUAUGUGUUGUGCCCAGACGUGGUCUCACCGACCAUUCUAUCCGGUGUCGUCCUUUCUCCAUCGGUUCUCUCCCCAUCAAUUUUCACUGAAUCAGCACUAUCAAUUAAUGUGCUUUCACCAUCAGUUCUAUCCUAA